CAUCGUGAGGAAAUAUCAGAUUAUUGGACGGAAGAGCAGUGCAAAUGGGGGAUCGCCGCGAAGGAAGCUACUGCGGUCGACAUGGCGUUAAUGGCUUUUAAAGACAAACUGUUCAAUGCUAGAGUUGAUGCUUUUGUUGACAAUAAGGCCGUUGUCGAGGCUUGGAACAACCAGGGUGGUAGAAGCUUGGAGCUUAAUAUGGCAUUGAAACGGCUUUUCUUCACAAUGUCGAAGCUUAGUUUAUCUCUGCACGUGUCUUACAUUCCGACUGGUCAGAAUCCUGCUGAUGCUCCAUCAAGGCGCCUGUCCCACUCAGAUAGUAAAUUGUCAGAUGGCUUGUGGCAGAUUGUUCAGAAGGAGUUUGGUGGUAGGGAAGGCCAUACUUGCGACUUUAUGGCCUUGGAUUCGAAUACUAUGACGGAUGCGCACGGGUAUUCUCUCCCUCAUUUUACGCCGAUUCCCUCUCCCGGAUCGUCUGGUGUAAAUCUCUUCACACAGGACCUUGCUUCCCUCGGAGCGCUUAUGGCCAGACCGUAUGUUUUUCCUCCCAUGGCUUUAACGGGACCUGUCUUAAAAUUUCUGCAGAGUUUUAAACAGUCGUGCACAGUAGCGGUGCUGGACGUGUUUCCCAAGAAGUACUGGUGGCCUCUCCUUAUGAAUAAAGCUGUAAAGAGUAGAUGUCUGGCUGUUCGUGGCGAUGGCAACGCUCUCUUGGUCCCGUCCAAAAAGGGGUGGCUGCCUCACAAGGGCAUUCCUGGAGAUCUCUGGGUUUUUGCAGUGUGUUUUUAGGUGUGUCUUGGCAUACAUUUUGAUCUGUUGUGCUACUGGUUUGUGGUGUAUGAUAGGGUUCUUCUUUUCUGGUUUGUAGGAGCUUCCAGUCAUGGCAAAGCUGUUUGUCCAGUCGGUUAAAUGCCCAACCUGUGGACACGCUAAUGAUUUUGACUUCCGUUUUUGUCAACGUUGUGGCUACAAGCGAAAGGUUAUGACAACGCUUGUCAAGGAACACUCUGAUGUUAUCGUUGACCUUGAUGGAACUGAAGUGCGGUUGCAGCAGUUACUUCACUACGAUCAGGCAACCAGUUAUAAAAAGCAGAAGGAUUCUCUUCAGAGGGAACUUAAGGCUUUUCUUGGUGCUCUGCCGGGUUUUGUUACUCUCGCGACAGUGACGCCUAGGGACUUGUGUCGCUUCCUGAUCUUUAAAGACAAGCGUGGCAAAACACAGGUACACCUCAAUACGUGUGAAUUUUUGGGUCAGCGUGGUAAACAGUCAUGUGGCUGCCCCUUGAGAUUGUCGUACAAGACUGUGGACUCUUACAUAGGAAAGUUAAGAUCGAUUUUCCAUUCCAUUGGUCGGGACGGAGAGUGGGACAAGCGGCUAGGUCUUGGUAACCCAGCCUCUGAUAAAUUGGUUAAAGAUUACCUUCGUCUUGUCCCAGCGGAGCAGUUACAGGCCCAUGUUACUCCAAAACAAGCCACGCCAUUCUUUGUGGACAAAUUGACUCAGUUAUCGAAGUAUCUUGAAGGCGAGCUAGCGAGAUCAAAGUCGAAACGUGACCGUUUCAUUAUCGCACGUGACCAAGCUUAUUUUAAGUUGGCGUUCUUUAGUGGGGACCGCCCAGGAGAUCUUGGUCAGGUAAAAGUUCCGGAGAUCCUUCGUUUUCCAAAUGAUGAUGGGUUCUUAUUUAAUCAUAUCUGGGGUAAGACUUUGCGGGAUGGUGACAGUAAUGUCUUUGGUGUUCGCAGAAAUCCCCAGUCGGUCAUCUGUCCUGUGAAGGGCGUUGAGCAAUAUGUCGAAGUGGCAAGGGAGUUAGGCGUUGAUUUAACAAAGGGAUAUUUGUUUCGUCCGCCAACUUCUAAUAAUGGUGUCCAAGAUUCUCCAUUUAGUUCUUCAGCAGCAGAUGCGCAUCUUAAAGUGUAUCUCAAGCAGAUGAAAGCUGAUGAUGGUGAGACAUUGCAUGGCUUUCGUUCGGGUUGUGCGAUAACGUUGGCCCUCACAGGAGCGGAUCUGUCUGAGAUUAUGGAACAAGUGGGUUGGGCUAGGAGGCAUACCGCCUUAUAUUACCUUCAGCUGGCCAAGGUUCUGAAACAUGAUGGCCUGUCGGGGCGACUUGCUACGCCUUCUGCUGAGAAUGUGGUGGCUCCAUGGCAGGAUGUGAAUCAGCUGAAACGUUUUGUGUGUGCUUUUCCAGCUGCUGACCAGAGGAAACGCCCAGCAGAAUGA